AUGUCUCAGGGGCCAGGGGAUAAAAGGAGGGCAGCAGCAGCAGGGGCCAAGCAUCGUGCAGAGGAGAGCCCUGCAGCCACUAGCUCCAGCCCCGCUUGUGGUCCCCUCGGCCCCCGCAGCACCAUGAAGGUCCUCACAGCUGCCCUGGCCGCUCUGCUCCUCGUGGCCAUCUGCUCCCUGGCUGAGGCCCAUCUCGACAUCGUCCUCAUCUGUUGCUUCAGCUACAUGCAGCUCCCCAUCCCACGCAGGUUCAUCACCUCCGCCUACAGGACCAGCAGCAAGUGCGCCAAGCCAGCGGUGAUCCUGGUCACCAACAAGGGGAUGGAGCUGUGUGCGGACCCCCAGGCGCCCUGGGUGCAGGCGUACCUGGAGCACUUCCAGAUGCUGGAGUACUGACCCUUCCCUGCUGCCACCCCAGUGCAGCGGGCUCAGCCCCGGGCACCAGACGCACAACAGAGUGCUUGAGCCGCAUCCUUCUUCAACUAGAAAAUUUAUUCUAAUUGACAUAGAUUUGUUAAAGUAAAUUUUGUUUGCUAAGAAAGUGAAAAUACAAAAACUAUUUAAAAGGUAUCAACAUGCCUGUUAAUGAGCAGUCAGGAUUUUUGAUGCCUAAAUAAAGUGUU